UUCGGGAACGUUGUGCCGCUCAGAUAAAAGAAAUGGCUCGUACUAAGCAGACUGCACGCAAGUCUACUGGUGGUAAGGCUCCCCGGAAACAACUGGCGACUAAAGCAGCUCGUAAGAGUGCGCCUGCUACGGGUGGAGUGAAGAAGCCUCAUCGUUAUAGGCCUGGAACUGUGGCUCUUCGAGAAAUUCGUCGCUAUCAAAAGAGCACCGAAUUGCUGAUUCGCAAACUGCCAUUCCAACGUCUCGUCCGUGAGAUUGCUCAAGACUUCAAAACUGAUCUUCGUUUCCAAAGCUCGGCUGUUAUGGCAUUGCAGGAGGCUAGCGAGGCUUAUCUUGUUGGUCUAUUCGAAGACACGAAUCUCUGCGCUAUUCACGCCAAGCGGGUUACCAUCAUGCCCAAGGACAUCCAACUGGCGCGUCGUAUUCGUGGAGAGCGUGCUUAAUUACAAAAAUAUAUGUAUCGGCCCUUUUUAGGGCCACCACUUUUUUUUGUACGAUGGAUUGUCUC